CGGAGCGCCGGGUCGUUGGACGGUGCAGCAAGUCGAGCCGCAUGAACCCGAUCAGCUGAUCUCGCAGUUGUCAGAAAAACAACAGCACAGUGUAGGUGUGCAGGAUACUUGAGGAUAAAGGACAAGAAAAUGUCAGAUAAGGAUUAUGCACCGCUAAGUGCGGCUUGCGUCAAGUCAUUGAAUGACAAGAUGUACGAAAAGCGGAAAGCUGCCGCCCAUGAAAUAGAAAAAAUGGUCAAGGAGUUCGCUGCUCAUAACAACACCGUCCAGAUAAAACGAUUGUUGAAAGUAUUGGGUCAAGAUUUUGUUUUAUCGCAGAACCCUCACUCCAGAAAGGGGGGUCUGAUUGGAUUGGCUGCAAUAGCUGUGGGUCUGGGAAGUGCAAAUACUGGAAAAUACACUGAGGAUCUAAUUCAUCCAAUUUUGGCAUGCUUCAACGAUGCUGACUCGAGAGUCAGAUAUUACGCCUGUGAAAGUCUUUACAAUGUAGUCAAGGUUGCAAGAGGUGCUGUUUUGCCACUUUUUACAGAUAUUUUUGGGGUACUGAGCAAAUUGGCUUGCGACACAGAACAAACUGUAAAGACUGCCACAGAACUGCUCGAUAGGCUAAUGAAGGAUAUUGUCACUGAAAGUGGCUUAUUUGACUUAGUAUCAUUUGUACCAAUACUCAGAGAGCGUAUUUACACAAAAAAUCCUUUUGCACGACAGUUCAUAGUAUCAUGGAUAUCUGUAUUAGAUGCAGUACCUGAUAUUGACCUGGUUGAAUUUUUACCAGACAUCUUAGAUGGUUUGUUUAAAAUACUAGAAGAUCCUAUUCCUGAGAUAAAAAAGUCUGCUGACACAGUAUUUGCUGACUUUCUUUACAGCAUCAAAGCAAAUCCAAGCAAAGUGGACUUUCCAGGAAUGAUGAAUAUUCUGAUUUUGCAUGCACAAAGUCCAGAUGAAAUUCUUCAAUUGACGGCGAUCAUGUGGAUAGACGAAUUCGUCCGAUUGUCAGGACCUCAACUUUUGCCUUACACUUCUGGUAUAUUCACAGCUAUUUUGCCUUGCUUAUCUUAUGAAGGCGAUACUCGUAAGACCAUCAAGGAUACCGCUUCGCGCGUUAACAACAGUCUUUUAAAAUUGCUAAUUUCAAAGGACGAAGAGACGUCGGCUGCCGACAAUCUUGACCUCGCCAGCAUCAUUGAAGUUUUGACUAAGCACCUGAUGCUACAACAAAUACCCGUACAAACGAAAGUCGCCGUACUAAAAUGGAUUUACCAUUUGUUUACGAAUUUACCCGACAAGAUGCAUCUUCAUAUUGAAGAGUUAUUUCCAGUAUUAAUGAAGGUUUUAAGCGACAACUCGGAAGAGGUGGUCCAACAGACUUUGGUUGUCAUGGCUGAGUUAAUUGGCACCAAGCCGGCGGAUGGUGGAGAGAAUAAAUACUUCACGAAAUUCAUGGUGAAUUUAUUGAGGGUAUUUUCGUCUGACAGGCAUCUUCUAGAAGAUAGAGGAGCAUUCAUUAUAAGAGAACUUUGUGUACUAUUGAAUUCAGAAAAAAUUUUCAAAGUUCUCGCGGAAAUUUUACUGGAGGAACAAAAUUUGAGGUUUUCCUGUAUUAUGGUACAAAGUCUAAACACGAUUUUAUUAACCAGCUCGGAACUUUUCGAACUGCGGAAUAAACUAAAGGACAUGAAGACUGACGAAAGUGUGGAAGUAUUUCUUGGACUUUACAAGUCGUGGUGCCACAAUCCUGUGGCGACUGUAGCUUUAUGUUUGCUUACGCAAAAUUACGAUCAUGCCUGUGAUCUUGUUAAAGCAUUUGGAAAUAUUGAAGUAACUGUGGAGUUUCUCGUGGAAAUUGAUAAAUUGAUACAGCUGAUAGAAUCACCGAUUUUUACUUAUUUACGAUUGGAACUUCUGGAAAGGGAGAGGAACGAGUCGCUAGUUCGAACUUUAUACGGUCUUCUUAUGAUCCUGCCACAAAGCGAAGCUUUUUCCUUACUGCUUCGCAGAUUAUCGGCCAUUCCUCCAAGUUCAAUGAACACAUCAGUUUCAAAAAGCGAACACAGUCAGACUCAAACAACAUCCUCGGAAUCGAAAAGGAAUAAGAUUAAUUUCAAAGAGCUAUUUGAGUACUUUAACGAUAUUCAAGAUAAGCACAAGGAACAGAAGCAUAAACAAAAGCAAAUUUUACUGACGAAUACGAAUGAACUAACGCAUUCCGAUAUUUGAUAACUAAAUUAACAUUUUUAUUAUUUUUUAUGUGUACAUUAUAUAUCGUCGCGGGAUCCUGAUUUUUACACAGGCUUUUUCGCCAUUC